CCGAAGUACUGUAGACCAAUUUAUGAGCAAAGGCUGAGGGUCUCUUAUAUUCCUUUGUUAGAAUGGAAACUGCUUUUGAUAACUUGGACGCAGCUGGUUUCCUAGAGAUCUGGCAACACUUUGAUGCAGAUGAUAAUGGCUACAUUGAGGGGAAGGAGCUUGAUGAAUUUUUCCGUCACAUGAUGAAGAAACUGGGUCCUCAGGAGAAAGUGACAGAAGACCAGGUCCAGAAACUAAAGCAGAGGUUCAUGUCAGCCUAUGAUGUUACUGCUGAUGGGAAACUACAGAUCCAAGAGUUGGCCAAUAUGAUUCUCCCCGAGGACGAGAACUUCCUCUUGGUGUUUCGUAGAGAGGCCACUCUGGAUAACAGCGUCGACUUCAUGAAGAUAUGGAGGAAGUAUGAUGUCGACUGCAGCGGCUACAUAAGUGCUCAGGAGCUAAGGGCUUUCCUGGGAGACCUGCUCCAGCAGCACCACAAGGAAGUAUCGUUGGCCAAAAUGGAGGAAUACACAGAUGCUAUGAUGAAAAUCUUUGACAAAAAUAAAGAUGGUCGUUUGGAUCUGAAUGACUUGGCCAGAAUUUUGGCUCUUGAAGAAAAUUUCCUGCUUCAGUUCCACAUGGAUGCCUCCAGCAAAGUGGAGAGGAAGAGAGACUUUGAGAAGAUCUUUGCCCAUUACGACGUUAGUAAGACAGGAGCAUUGGAGGGUCCUGAGGUGGAUGGCUUUGUUAAAGACAUGAUGGAGCUGGUCAGGCCAAGUCUCACAGGUGCGGAGCUGGACAAGCUGCGGGCUGUUCUACUAGGCCACUGCGAUGUCAACAAAGAUGGAAAGAUCCAGAAAAAUGAGCUGGCCCUCUGUCUGGGUGUCAAGCCUAAUCCUUAAUUACAGAAAUGUAUUUAGAUAUGGUAAUGGCCUGCAUGCACCCACUGUGCAUCGAUUGUACACUCUAUUUUGAUGUAAACACCUGCACACAAUAGGUGCACAUCUGUUGCACAGUCAGCAGCCUAAGUGUUUUGGGUGAGCAAAGAUAAAAGUCAUUUUGCUAUUGACAUACAUGUAGUGUAAUAUGGACAGUAUGCUGUGAAUGUUGGGUCAUCAUAGAGCACUACUGCUGCUCAUUUAUUAGAUACUGAAUAUGAUUGGCAUGAAUAAGCAUGAAUGUCUCUACAGAGAGUAUUAAACAAAAAACAAUCUAUAUUUUAUUGGUCUCUAUUAUCAACUGUUCGAGGUAUCGUUGUCCUAGUACGUACAUGAUUGACUUUACAUCUUGACUGUACUUUGAAUGUACACAUCAUUGUGUUCUUGUGCACACUGUGGGCAAUGGAAAGAAUCACUCAGAAUGUUUUUUUCCCCAGCUGAAGAGGAAUGCUGCAUUAUUUUUUGUGGCUUUGCUAACUUAUUUGCCAGUGGACAUAUUAUUUCAAAGGACAGAAAGAGUGGCCUGACAAUGUAGCUACAGUAAUAUUAUCAGCCAUUGCCUACCUUUGGCCAGUAUUGCAUUCAUCUGUAUCAAAAAUGUUUGAAGUACCUUAAAUCUUAAUUUUGAUAUGAUGUGCUGCUCAGAAAA